GGUACACAGAUUUAUACAAACCGUAAACGUACUUGGAUUGGGACAUUCAAAUCAGAGUUCGAAGCGGGUAAGGCUUAUGAUGCUGCUGCUGUUAAGCUUCGGAAAAAGCGAAGAUUCACCUCGGAACUGUCCAGUGACCAGUAGUACUCUAGCCUCGUUGGAACCUGAUUUCCAGAAACUGUUGACGAUAGAUGAAAUAAAGAGUAUGCUCAAGGAUGGAUCGUAUCAGACAAAGCUGUAUGAAUUUGCCAACUCUUGUUCACCUGGUUUGAGUCUGAGCUUGGGAAGUGCUGCUGCUAUGGAUGGAGAUGUAAAGUACCAACAGCUGUUUCGGAAAGCACUAACUCCGAGCGACGUGGAAAAGCUCAACAGGCUUGUGAUUCCUAAAAGGUUUGCUGAAAAGUACUUCCCCGAAGUUUCGAAAGAAGAAAAGGUUCCUGGUUUGAUAGAUGCGAUUCAACUGUCAUUCUUUGACAGGGAGAUGGAGUCUUGGAAUUUCCGAUACUGCUACUGGAGAUCUAGCCAAAGUUAUGUGUUCACCAAAGGUUGGAUCCGAUUUGUUAAAGAAAAGAAAUUGAAGGCGACGGAUGUGGUUACGUUCUAUAAGUGUGAGUGUCAAAAUGGGGCGCAGAAAGCGUUUUACAUGAUUGACGUAGCAUCGUCUGUUGCACCUGAGAGUAACGGUGGUGGUUUUGCUGGGGGCUUUGAUACAGAUGCUGGAAAUAGACUAGAUUUACAAUUAUGCCUUGGCCAGAUUACUGUUACUGAAAGUGGAUCAUCGGAUAGAACUAUCAAACUAAGGCAACAAAAGGAAGUUGCGCCACCACAACCAGAGGAGGUGCAGAAAAAGGCCGUCAGACUUUUUGGUGUAAACAUUAGUUAACGAUUACGAGGAAUUGUGUGGUUUUGGUGUGUAAUUCUGCAAAUUUCUCUUUUGGAUUUCUAGGAAAUUAGACAGAUAAAAACAUCAUUACCAAUUUGUAUUUCUCUUUAACUUGUUCUGGGUACCAUGUGUAGGCAUUUCUACUUCUGUUUAUAUUGAGAUAACGAAGUUGUAGUAUUAACUAAUAGCCAACAUUCUUUAAGUUUCUGAUCAGUCUCACUGAAGUAUAGAAUAUAUACAAGGCACAUAUCAAUUUGAUAGCAGUACUGCAAUAUUACUAGUGCUCCUGAUGAUAUGUCAUAGAUUCAACAGUACUAAAGUACUCCCAAUACUAUUCACUAAACAAGAUUGCACUGAAGUUUGAACUUAACAACUUAAGAAGUACUGCUUGUACUUGUACCAGUACAAAUAUCAGUUUAACUUAAUCUUCUGCAAUCAGUCCUAAACUGACCCGAAGUCCCUGCAAGUACAUUUGUCAAUCAAAGCUUCAUAAAUGCAGAAGCAAAGACUUGGAAAGAGUUGUUUUGAUUAUCGGAAGCGAUUUAACGAUGUAUGAUAUUUUUGGGUCCUUUGAGAUGCUCGAGUUGAUGCCAGAUAAACCCCUGCCAUAAUGAUAUCUUGGUAGUACUGGUUAUCAGAGGGUAGGGGAGUUGUAUCAUUAGGCGCAUAUCAGCUUGAGUUAUAUCAUUAGGUGAAA